CGCCGGGGCGCCCUUGCGCACUGCACCGAGCCUCGGCCGAGGUCCGGAGCCCCGCGCGGGUCGGCGCCAUGCGCUGGGCCUGGGCCGCGACCUUGGCCCUCCUCUGGCCGCAGCUCGUGCUCCUCGGGGGCGUCGGGGCCCGGCGGGAGCCCAAGAGGCCGCGGCCGCCGGGCCAGCGCACCGAGACCCCCAACGCCACCGUGGCCAACAGCGAGGGGCUGCCCAGCUCCCCUAAGCCACCCGAGGCCUCGGGGCCCGAGUUCUCAGACGCUCACACGACCUGGCUGAGCUUCGUCCGGCGGCCAGACGACGGCGCGUCCAGGAAGCGGUGCCGAGGGCGGGACAAGAAGUCGCGAGGCCUCUCCGGCCCUCCAGGGCCCCCCGGGCCCCCUGGGCCCCCUGGGCCUGCCGGGGCAGAAGUCACGCGAGAGGCGCUGCUGCGCGAGUUUCGGGAGAUGUUGAGAGAGGCCGCUGAGCGCCGGCUCUCGGGGCUCUGGGGCUCCUCGCUGCUGCCCGAGGGGCCGGGCGGGUGGCUGGUGGCCGAGGCCUUCCACUGCCGGCUGAAGGGCCCCGUGCUGGUGGACAAGAAGACACUGGUGGAGCUGCAGGGCUUCCAGGCCCCUGCUGCCCAGGGCGCCUUCCUGCGGGGCUCCGGCCUGAGCCUGGCCUCCGGCCGGUUCACAGCCCCAGUGACCGCCAUCUUCCAGUUCUCCGCCAGCCUGCACGUGGACCGCAGGGGGCCGCAGGGCAGGGCCCGGGCCCGGGCCGCCGUGCGGGCGCUCGUCUGCAUCGAGUCCCUGUGCCACCGCCACACGUCCCUGGAGGCCAUCUCGGGCCUGGACGGCAGCGGCAGGGUCUUCACAGUGCUGGUUCAGGGGCUGCUUCAGCUGCAGGCCGGCCAGUACGCCUCCGUCUUCGUGGACAACGGCUCCGGGGCGGCCCUGGCCAUCCAGAGCGGCUCCAGCUUCUCCGGCCUGCUCCUGGGCACGUGAGGACCCCGGCGGCUCCCAGAGGAGCGGCGACCGCGCGGGCCCUCGGGGCCGUGGGGAGCCCCCUGAGGCCCGCCCAGCCCCAUUGCCCUCUGUCGGAUGUGUGGUCACAGCAAUAAAGAGUCCCCCGCCCUC